AUGUCGGAAGCAAACGUUGAAGUUGUUCGUUUUGGAACCACUGACUAUGUGAUGCUGGGCAUCAUGCUCGUUGUCUCCAUGGCAAUUGGGAUGUUCUUUGCCGUGUCUGGAAACCAGCAAAAGACUAAGAUUGACUACCUCUUAGGGAGUCGACGUUUGGGCGCCAUUCCCGUGUGCUUGUCUCUGUUUGCCACCUUCCAGUCCGCCAUUGCCCUUCUGGGGACUCCAGCUGAGAUCUACACGUAUGGCACGAUGUACGCCUACAUAACGAUCGCAAUGUGUGCCGCAUAUGGCGUAGGCGCGGUCACCCUUAUACCGCUCAUCUAUCCACUCAAGAUCACCAGUAUCUAUGAGUACUUGGAACUACGUUACGAUUCCCUCGCAGUCCGGCGCUUUGGAACUCUAAUUGGCAUCUUGUCCAGU